AUGGUGACCACUGGGCUCUCCGGCGCAGGGGUUGGUCAAGCGCUGCUCCAAGCAGCUCGCGCAGCUAGACCUCGGCUUCUGGCAGGCACGCAGGUCGGCCCUCCCACAUGCCCCCAUUGCUGCUCCACUGCAAGACCCUAUUCCACGACCCUCAGUCUCUCACUCGGUGACUGCGGCGCAAGAUCGGAGUCUAGCACGCUGACGCGGCGCACAGCUUUGACGUUUAGCUUCCUCGGCCACACACCAUCCGCGCGCUCUCAGUCCAACACCGCUCUUCAUCCCCGAGGUGUAGACUCUUCGCUGUUCGAAGACGAGGAGGGCACAGAAUAUGUUUCAGUCAAGGCUGCAGAGCACGUCUAUGUUGGUGAGAGCUCAACGGCUGUCCCAGUCCUCGACACGGCCUCGCGAUUGCAUGCCCAAACUGGGCCGACCCGACUUGUUGUACAGCGCAUUCAGCAUGGCGAUGUUCCAGCAGCAACGCAGCUCGUUCGGGAGCUGUCCGAACUCGGCACGCAGCUGGAUCCAAGCCCAGCUUAUGCGACUGCCGCUCGAUACUGUAUGGAGGAGAAGCAGAUCGAUGACACUCUGCUCUGGUUGCGAUUGCUCGGGGUGCCAGGAGCGGCGACUGCUCAGAUGUCGGCCUCUUCAGAGACACCAGAGGCGAAGGAUGCCGGCUCAAGGGUGUACCAGUCAGAUGCAGACCUCGCCGCCGUAGCUCGAGGCUUGCGCGCGCAGUUUGCUGCCCGAUCCCUCCAUCUGGGUCAUCUGUGCGAGGCGCUCAGACUGAUUGUCCGAGGUGGGUUUUUGGACGGAGCAGCGUACCCGUCCAUCAAGAGGGCCUACUUGACUAUCCUGAGAUCACAUCGUCCGGGUUCGGAUGCUGCGGCUCGCAAAUCGUACUUGGAAUAUUUUGAAGAGCUUGCGCGGGCGCACGCCAUGGCUUGUGGGAGAGCAGACACCAGCGCAAUGUCACCUCAGCUCACCGAUUUGUUCAACGCCGGCACGAUCGCGCACGUAAAGGCCGGCAGACCGGAGGAAGCUCUCAAGUGGCUGCUGGCUGCCCUCUCAAAAAGUCAAGAGAACGAUGACGAGGUACCCGUCAGGGAGGCGGUUGUGAAGGUCGUCGUCUCGGCCCUGAUGCGACGAGAGGCGACCAGCGCACCUGCACUGACUCCUCAAGACACAAGUCGGGACGCAGAAGAGUACCUCUUCAACGAAAAGGAGCUUCCAGAAAGCGUGCAUGGCAUCCUCAUGCAGCUCGAGGAGCUGGGUGACGUUGGCGUCUCUCUACUUUCCGCCGCAGUGCAGGCAAUCCAGGAGCCACCUAUUGCAGAGCUAGAGCUCAUGAGCGACGGCUCGGUUCAAGAAAGGUAUGCGGCGCUACUGAACAGUCUUGCAAGAGCACGACAAGAUCGGAAUUUGAGCCGCAGCGUGCGUAUGCCCAGCGUGCGCUACCUGCUCGCAUUGUCAAAUCGACUUGACGUGGCACAGAAUCGAGCGCUGGACAUUGCCAUUGGCAAAAUCGACGAGGGAGCAAAACUAUGGCAAACUGCCUUAUUGGCGCGCGCGCUGCGUGAUUGCCGAUAUCAGGAUGCAAAUGCCAUCUGGAAACAACAUUUCAUGGACGCGUACGGUGUGAGCGAGGACAUGCGCACAUUGGUGUUUGGAUCUGCGCGUCCGGAUCGUCGGACUGACCUCAGUAACAAGGCAUGGCCAAGCAGGAGAUCAGCAUCCUUGAUGCUCCGUACUUUUGCAGCAGCUUGUGGUCGAGACGCCUCAAAAUUGGAGCGACUCUACAGCAUGUGGCUCGAAGCUGCCUUUGCCAAUCCUUCUCCAUCCGCCUCGGCAAAGCAGGGCGCUGCGGAAUUGGACGCAGAACAAGCUUCUCUUGCUCCAGACGCGCACAACAUGGUGCAGAUAGCCGAGAGCUGGAUCGAGGCUGCUGCGCCAUCCCAGCGCACGCCCAUAGCCUUGCGAGUUCUGAACGACUUUCAAAGGCUCAAAGUGGAGCCUGAUGCAAAUGUCUGGGCCGUCGUCUUCUAUGCCCUGGGCACGGCUCCGAACAAGCUUGACAAAGUUCGUCUAGGGACGAUUGCGGACGGCAUGGCGAUGUUCCGACACCCCGAGCGUGCUGAUCGAAGUGUUCCAGGUCUCGGGGCACCAUCAGGAUCCUCGCGGCUCAUGCUACCCGCAGCAGAUUUAAAGAGCUAUCUCGUUCUCGUUGAUGUGCUGAUUGGUCGCAACAGCACCCGACUCGCAUCGACCUUCUGUGCCAGUAUGUUUGGUGCAGCGAUCAACAAUCAUCGCAAGCAAAGGGAAGCGAGCGUAACCUCUCUGCGCGAAAAUCAGCGGCGCAUGCUGGACAGAUUGGCACGGAGAGCAGAAUUUACAAGGACUGCGGUCGCUUCUGAUACGCCACCGCUCCAGCGAUACAGGUACUACUCCUUUUCGGACUUUACGCCGAUCGAUCUCAAACGGUCCGCACCUUUGCGCGCUCUUCUGCGCAGACUUCGCAGAGCACGGAUGGAUGCGAUGGAUAUGAUGUACGCCAAGAGCCGCGCGCGUCUCGUGCAACGGCAUUACGAGGAACGCGCUCGAUAUGUGUACCGACCAUAUGUCCGCGCAAAAACCCUAAUCGACGCGAGGUACGCCUACCUUGUCGAGGGGCUGCGUCGGCGAGAUGAGGAUCUUCUACACAUGGAUGAAGAGGAAGCGGCACUAGAGUGGUGUAAGCGCGAGUUGGAGGUGUACUCGGUGGGGCGUGAGGCAAAGUUGUCGGAAGACGAAUUGCUGGCAAAGCCCAGGAGAGGUCUGCGUCGAAAGAAGCGACCGCGCGCUGCUGCGCCCGCCGAAACCGUCGUGCCCCCUGCUUGGCCAAAAUUCGACUUUGGGCUGCCUGUCGGCUUGGACGCUCCAGCCGUGUCGCACAGGUAUAAGCCAUGGAAGGCUGCUGAUGCUCACCAUUCCACCACCGGCGGCAUCCACGACGCCAUUUACGAUGCCACAUUCGAGUGUCAGUAA